AAAAUGGACAUGUCGUUGUCCAUGUCAAGGAGGAGAGAGAGAGAGGCUAACUUUGAGAGCAAAGCGAAGCCUCUUUUGCCACCAGACGUGAAAGGCGCGGUGGAGGAAAACAUUGACAGCAAAAUGAAGCCUCUAUUAUCACUAGAAGUGGAGAAACAGGACAUGUCUUCUAAUACAUGGAGGACAAAUCUGCAAGAGUUCCCUGCAUUUCCUGAAAGAAGGGAUGGUGAACAUAUCUCCUUCACUCUGCGCCAUCCUCUUCGUACCCCAAACGUGAAAGGCAUAGUGGAGGCAGACAUUGAGAGCAAAACAGAGCCUCUUUUGCCUCAAGACAUGAAGGAGGGCAUUGUGGAGGCAGACAUUGAGAGCAAAAUGGAGCCUCUUUUGCCAACAGACGUGAGAAGCAUAAUGGUGGAGGCAAACAUUGAAAGCAAAACAGAGCCUCUUCUGUCAUCAGCCGUGGAGAAGGAGGACAUGUCAUGGAGGAUAAAUCUGGAAGGGUUCCCUAAAUUGCCUGAAAGAAGGGAUGCUGAACAUGGCUCCUUCAUUCUACGCUUUCUUCGUACCCCAAGGAAACAACGCAAGGUCAAUGAUUACUACAAGAAACAAAAAAGGCUACUUGAAGGGUUUACUGAGAUGGAGACCAUAAUUGAAAGAGGUUGUCCUCCUGGAAAUCUGACAGAGGAUGAGAUGAAGCAGUUGGCGAAGAGUGUGAGGAUGGCUAUCUAUGUAACAAACAUAGCUAACAUCGUGCUCUUUGCAGCAAAGGUUUUUGCUUCUAUUGAGAGCAAAUCAUUGGCGGUUAUUGCCUCAAUCUUGGCUCCACUCUUUGAUCUCUUGUCGGGAUUUAUAUUGUGGUUUACAUCUCAUGCUAUGCAAAACCCAAACCAGCAUCGGUAUCCAAUUGGAAAGAAACGGAUGCAGCCAGUGGGAAUCAUUAUUUUUGGAUCUUUCGGAUUACAAGUACUGUUUCAGGCAGCUCAACAAUUCAUUACAAAGUCUGUGCCUGAAAAGGAUCCUCAGAAGGAGAAAUGGAUAAUAGGAAUAAUGACAUCUGUAACUUUGGUGAAGUUUAUGCUCGUGGUCUAUUGUCGAAGGAUUCAAGAUAAAAUUGUUAGAACCUAUGCUGAACAGCAUUUUUCUGAUGUUAAAACCAAUUUGAUCAGUUUGGCAGCAGUUGUCCUGGCCAGUCGAUACUAUUGGUGGAUUGAUCCUACUGGAGCUAUUAUAAUACUAUUAUAUACAAUGAAUACAUGGGAGAAGACGUUCUUUGAGAAUUUAUAUGCACUAAUUGGAAGGACAGCACCACCUGAAUUUUUGGCAAAGCUAAAUUUUCUGUUGUUGAACCACCAUGAAGAUAUCAAGCAGCUUAAAUCAGUAAAAGCAUUCAAAUCUAGUUCUGAUCAAUAUUCUGUGGAGGUUGACAUAGUUUUGCCAGAACACAUGGUUCUGAGCAAAGCGCAUGAUAUUGGUAAGACGCUGGAAGAAAGGCUGAAGCAACUCCUCCCUGAAGUUGAGAGAGCUUCUGUGCAUUUGAGUUGCUGAUUUAGUUAAGAUGUGAUGCAAUAUUUUUGUAAUUAGUCGCAAACCCGCUCAUUGC